AUCAUGAUGGAUAUUAAACUGGAACAGCUGAAGACAGAGCUACGGAUAUGCACCGCCUGCGGGGAACCGAUUGCCGAUAAGUACCUUUUCGAUAUUGAUGGCUGUGCCUGGCAUGGAUCGUGUUUGCGAUGUUCCGUCUGUUUAACGCUGCUCGAACGACAACCCUCGUGCUACUUUCGCGAUCGACAAGUCUACUGUCGGACGGAUUACGUCAAAAUGUUUGGCGCCAAAUGCUCGAAAUGCUGCCGUACGAUAGCGGCCUCGGACUGGGUACGGAAGGCGCGUGAUCUCGUGUUCCAUUUGGCCUGCUUUUCCUGCGACACAUGCGGCCGGCAGCUCUCGACCGGCGAACAGUUUGCCCUGAUCGACGAUAAGGUGAUGUGCAAGAUCCACUACAUGGACACGGUGGAAGAUGGAUCGAACUCGAGCGAUGAUGGGUGCAGCAGCGAUGGAUACAACAAGAACAAAUCGAAACGCGUCCGGACCACGUUUACCGAGGAGCAGCUGCAGGUGCUGCAGGCCAACUUCCAGAUCGACAGCAACCCGGACGGGCAGGAUCUCGAGCGGAUAGCGCAGCUGACGGGGCUGAGCAAGCGGGUGACGCAGGUUUGGUUCCAGAAUUCGCGUGCCCGCCAAAAGAAGCACACCCACGUUCCUAGAGAAGGUGAAAUGAAUCCAUUUGCGAGGCAUAUCAACCUGCAGCUUUCGUACACCUUCCAACAGGCCGGUGUUGUCCACAAUCCACUACACAUUGGCGCUGGGGGAGGUGUACUGAGUGGGUCCCCCUUCGCCAGCAAUGGUACCUUUGGCAGCCAUCAUCACAACAAUAAUAAUAAUAGUAGUAGUAUCAACAAUAAUCAUUCGUCAAAAUCGUCCGUCUAUAGUACGCAUGAUUCUUCACUGGAUGAGCUAUCGGAAGACUCGGCGAUACAUUGCAUGCAGAGUGAAGCUUAGCGAAGGA